AUGGUACAAUAUUUUCUUUCCUAUGUGUCUAUAGAGGCAGUAGGUGUCGCUAUUGCCGCACCGCCAACUGAUGGGCAGGCCAAUGCGGAUCUCGUUCUGGAGUUGAAGAGAAGAGAGGCGAAGUCGUUUUGGACAAGGUUUGAGAGCUGUGUAUGGACAUCUCUGGAUGCUUCAUGAUGCAUGUUUAUGUACUGUGUUGCCCAUAACAGAACAGUUUCAGGAACGUAAACUAAAAUGCUUCAUCAUGUCCUUAUGUCUCUCUGCAGGGCUCCAGAUCCUGAGAAGAUUGUCAAGGUGACUGGGUCACUAACCCCGGAGCAGGUGUUAGACAGGUUAACGCAAGAGGCUUCUCGAUGA